AUGUCGGGCAUUAGUGUUACAGAUUGGCGUUUGAAGCCGGCUAUUUUCCUCCACCACAAUCUCUUUGUAUCUCGCUCUCUCUUCCCCCCCUGUUUGUAUUUCUGUUUACUUAGCUUCAUCCUUCACUUUUUGUUGUUGUUCUUCUUUUUCUGUUGCUGCUGCUUCAAUUUCUUAAUUUUCCUUUCUUUUCUUUCUCUUACUUUUUCGGCUAUUUUCCCGUCAUCCUCUCAUUUUAAAUGUAAAUAUACGUUGCUUCUCUCUACAUCUAUCUAUCUAUCUAUCUAUCUAUCUCGAUCUGUUCAUCUCUAUCUAUCUAUCUAUCUAUCUAUCUAUCUAUCUAUCUAUCUAUCUAUCUAUCUCGAUCUGUUCAUCUCUAUCUAUCUAUCUAUCUAUCUAUCUAUCUAUUCAAAUCUGUUCUUAUCUAUUUACCUUAUCUCUAUCUACUUCGUUCUGUUCAUUCCUAUCUAUCUAUCUAUCUAUCUAUCUAUCUAUCUAUCUAUCUAUCUAUCUAUCUAUCUAUCUCGAUCUGUUCAUCUCUAUCUAUCUAUCUAUCUAUCUAUCUAUCUCGAUCUGUUCAUAUCUAUCUAUUUAUCUGCUUCAUUCUGUUUAUUCCUAUCUAUCUAUCUAUCUAUCUAUCUAUCUCGAUCUGUUCAUCUCUAUCUAUCUAUCUAUCUAUCUAUCUAUCUCGAUCUGUUUAUAUCUAUCUAUUUAUCUGCUUCAUUCUGUUUAUUCCUAUCUAUCUAUCUAUCUAUCUAUCUAUCUAUCUCUAUCUAUCUAUCUAUCUAUCUAUCAUCUAUCUAUCUAUCUAUCUCGAUCUGUUCAUAUCUAUCUAUUUAUCUGCUUCAUUCUGUUUAUUCCUAUCUAUCUAUCUAUCUAUCUAUCUAUCUAUCUCGAUCUGUUCAUCUCUAUCUAUCUAUCUAUCUAUCUAUCUAUAUCUAUCUAUCUAUCUCGAUCUGUUUAUCUGCUUCAUUCUAUUUAUUCUAUCUUCAUUCUGUUUAUUCUAUCUAUCUAUCUAUCUAUCUAUCUAUCUCGAUCUGUUCAUCUCUAUCUAUCUAUCUAUCUAUCUCAAUCUGUUCAUAUCUAUCUAUUUAUCUGCUUCAUUCUGUUUUUAUAUCUAUCUAUCUAUCUAUCUAUCUGUUAUCUCUAUCUAUCUGUAUCUAUCUCAAUCUAUCUAUCUAUCUGUUUAUUCUAUCUAUCUAUCUAUCUAUCUCGAUCUGUUCAUAUCUAUCUAUCUAUCUAUCUAUCUAUCUAUCUCGAUCUGUUCAUAUCUAUCUAUCUAUCUAUCUAUCUAUCUAUCUAUCUAUCUAUCUAAGCCUGCUCAUAUCUAUCUAUCUAUUCUCAGUCUCUUUUCCUCUUUCCUUCUUCCUCUCUCUUUCCUUCCCUUUCUUUCACUUACCCUCUUUAUCUUUGACAUUACUUCUCGCUUCCUUUUCCUCCCUGGCUUUCUCUCACUUCCCUUCUUUUUUUUUCUUUUUUUUUUCUCUUUCUCUUUCCUCGUUUCUCUUCGUCACUUUCCAUCUCUCUCUUUCACACUCUAAUUUUAACUUUUACCGCGCUCUCCCCCUCCUCUCUCUCUCUCUCCCUCCUCUCUCUUUCUCUCUCUCUCUCUAUUUUCUCAUUGUCUUCUGA